AUGCUCGUCUUUGUCCCCAUCGUCCUUGCACUCAUCUCUGGCGCCGUCGCAUCUUCGGGGGACCGGUCGCAACAAUUUAAUCGCUGCGUGUCUAAGUGCGACCUCGAAAUAUGUCAAAUACAACGCCCACACCUACCUUUGGCAUUGCGAUUGACGGGCUGGACCUGUCUCGACAAUUGCAAGUAUGACUGCAUGCAUAGUGUAACAUCAAAUGAUGUGGCAAGUGGCCGCGCAGUGCAACAAUACUAUGGAAAAUGGCCGUUCUGGCGCCUUGCAGGCAUACAGGAGCCCGCUUCAGUGCUCUUUUCGAUGUUGAACCUAUGGGCGCACGCGCACGGGCUGUCGAUGAUACGCAAACACGUAUCAGCCGACCACCCGAUGAAGACUUACUAUACGAUCUGGGCAAUGGUCAGCAUCAAUGCAUGGCUAUGGUCGUCAGUCUUCCACACCCGAGAUCUGCCAACCACCGAGAAAUUGGACUAUUUUGGAGCGGCAUUAGCCAUCCUUUUCGCUCUAUACUAUACAGUGAUUCGACACUUUCAUUUGUACCCCUCCACGCGGAGUGGCCUUACUUCGCGGCCGUUUGGCGGCCUCAAACGUACCUCCAUGGCCCAUAAGGCUUGGUCGCUUUUCUGCUGCACCCUCUAUGUUGGCCAUGUCCUCUAUCUGUCCUUGUUACCGCGGUUCGACUACUCGUACAACAUGAUCUUCAACCUCGUCAUCGGCUUAACCCACAAUAUCCUCUGGGCCUUAUAUUCUUUUCCCGCCUCGAUGACUCUACUCAAGAGAUUCCCGAAUGAGCCCAGGAGUUACAGGCCUCCGUUCGCUUCCAGUGCGGCACUAUUUGUGCUCCUUACUACGGCUGCAACCGCGCUUGAGCUGUUCGAUUUCCCUCCGUGGGGUGGGUAUAUCGACGCUCAUUCCUUAUGGCAUCUCUCCACCGCCCCCAUAUCAUUAUUGUGGUACCGCUUCCUCGUCGAGGAUGCUACGGAACCAGGAUGGAGGUUCGCAAGAUCCUAA